AUGCGCGCCACCGGCAGGCUUUUCCAGCACGCCUCCAGAAUCACCCUGUUCACACGCGAGAAUUGCGGACUAUGCACGCAGGCCAAAUCCGUACUUUCCGAUCUUUGGGAUCAGCGGCCGUUCGAAUACAAGGAAGUCGAUAUCAUCAAAUCGCAACAAAUCCCGCGUUGGCGCGAUCUGUAUGAGUUUGAUGUUCCAGUGAUACAUAUUGCAAAGGCCACGGCACCAGAAGAGCAGCCUCAACUUUCCUCAAAGGCUGUCAAACUUAUGCAUAGAUUCACAGUAGAUGAAGUUCAGACUAAAAUGAACGUUGUCGAAAAGGGACAAAACUAA